AUGUCCUCUAUGCUCCCCGCAGCAACCGCCUGCGCAGCUGGGCUCUAUCUCCUCUUCAAGUUUUUCGGAAACUAUGUCAAGCGAUCUUCGCUCGACAUUCUGCCUGGUCCCCCGCCAGAUUCUUGGCUCACAGGUAAUGUCACCUUCUCAUUGUUUAACAAGCGAGGACUGGAGUCGUGGACACAGUAUGCCGAAACUUACGGGCGAGCGAUAGUUUUCAGGUUCAUAUUGGGCCAACGAGUACUUGCCGUGCAUGACGCGAAGGCAUUACAGACGAUGAUGAUUAAGGACACCCAUAUCUGGCAGAAGAGCGACACACCGACGACUUUAUUCGACGUCUUUCUCGGUCCCGGAGUACUCAGUAUCGAUAACGGGGAGAGGCACAGGCGCCAGAAGAAACUCCUCAACCCGGUCUUCUCUGCUGCCCACGUCCGCGACAUGACUGGUAUCUUUUACGGAGUUUCUCACAAGCUCCGUGAUGCGAUCAAGUCGCGUCUGCCUUCCACCGGGGCUACGCGCGAGUUCGACAUCAACGACUGGAUGGGACGAACGACGCUCGAGAUGCUGGGCCAGGCUGGCCUCGGGUACUCGUUCGACGACUUCACAGACAACUCGAUGGACGCGUUUGCAGAUGCAGUCAAGAGCUUUUUUCCGUCACUCGCGGCCGUUCCGGGGGGUGGCUUCCCUUUCAAUUUCCUUACUGACUACUUCUCCGUGCCGAACGUGCGGAGGGUCUUUCGCUUGUUCCCGCUCGGAUCGGUGCGAGAGAUUCAGCGGAUCAGCGACUUUAUGGCAGCACGUUCGACGGAUAUCAUCAGAGAGAAGAGGGUCGCGCUGGAGAAGGGCGACGUUGAAAUGAAACACCGGAUCGGAGAAGGCAAGGAUCUGAUGAGCAUAUGUCUGAAGGCCAACAUGACGGCCGCCGAGAACGAGAGGUUGACGGACGAGGAGCUCAUCGCGCAGGUGUCAACCUUCAUUCUGGCCGGCAUGGACACCACCUCCAACGCCCUCUCUCGCACCCUCCAUCUUCUCGCCACGCACCCAGACGCGCAGGACAGGCUGCGGGCGGAGAUUGUGGAGGCGCAGGGCGGGGACGGCUCCGACAUCACAUACGACGACCUCCUGAAGCUCCCCUUCCUCGACGCCGUCUGCCGCGAGACGCUCCGUCUGUACGCUCCGGUGCCCUUCCUCAACAGAUUUGCGCUCGAAGACACGAUACUUCCGCUGUCUAAGCCCGUGCGCACCCGUGACGGCAAGGAGAUCUCCGAGCUCGCGAUCUCCAAAGGCACGUUCGCGUUCGUAAACUUCCAGGCGUGCAACGUCGACUCGGACCUGUGGGGCCCUGACGCGCGCGAGUGGAAGCCGGAGCGCUGGCUGGCGCCGCUGCCCACGGCGCUCGAGGAGGCCCGGAUUCCGGGCGUGUACGCGCACCUGAUGACGUUCUCCGGCGGUUCGCGGUCGUGCAUCGGCUUCAAGUUCUCCCAGGUCGAGAUGAAGAUCGUUCUGGGGGUGCUUCUCAGCUCAUUUGCGUUCGAGCUCACGGGCGAGUCGGUGUCGUGGUUGAACUCCGUCGUCGUUCAUCCCGCCAUGGGGGACAGCCUGAAGCCCGAGCUGCGGCUGAAGGUCAAGCUGGUCGGCGCGUAG